UUUUUUUUUUGAAAGGGAACGAUAUAUUGAGAAAAGAAAUUAAAGCAAGUUACAAUCUUUGGCGAGAACGUCCUGGAUCGAAACAGGAGGGUCCUCUAGCCAAGAGACAAAGUCAUUAACAGACAAAGAAAAUCUAGCGAGGCGGUGAGCAGCCCCAUUACAGAGACGCGAGACAUGGGAGAGCGUUGUCUCGGGGAGAUGACUCAAAAGAGUCCUAGCAUCUUCAAAGAGAUGGCAGAGAGGAGAGGAAUCAGGACUUAGUUGGAGGAGUUUCUCACAAGAGCAAUUGACUAAAUUAGCCGCCUUGGGAUGGGAUUAUCAAAUCAAACUGUCAUGAAAAUACCUUUAACACCCCUAUCCGACGGUCUCCAAAAUCCUCACUCCUCAUCAACACUCCCAUCCAUCCGACGGUCAACAAAAAUCUUCCUUAAAUAAACACAAACCCCACACAAAAAGCCAACCAUGGAACCCACCCAUGUGGCCAUCGUCCCCACUCAAAAACUCAACGAACCUCACACAAAUUAAAGCAACCAUGGAAUUAGACACCCAGCAAAAACUCAACCAACCCCAUGUGGCCAUCGUCCCCACUCCAGGACUGGGCCAUCUCAUUCCCCUAGUCGAGCUGGCCAAACGACUCGUCGUCCAGCACAACUUCACCGUCACCUUCAUCAUCCCCAACGACGGGUCGUCCAUGACCCCGCAAAAGAAAGUCCUCCAAGCCCUUAACCCUAAGUCCAUAUCCUCCACCUUUCUCCCUCCCGUAGACUUUGGUGACCUCCCGGAGGACGCUCAGAUCGAAGCACGAAUCGCCCUCACCAUGACUCGGUCCCUCUCCGCUCUACGCGACUCUCUCAAGGUCCUAGCUGAGUCAACUCGCCUAGUGGCACUUGUAGUUGACGUUUUUGGAGCGGACGCUUUUGAUGUGGCUAAUGAAUGCCAUGUGGCGCCCUACGUGUUUUGGUCAACGAACGCUAUGGCUUUGUCUUUUGGCCUUUAUUUGCCACGGCUUGAUGAGACCACUUCUUGUGCAUUUAGGGACAUGCCUAAACCGGUUCAGUUUCCGGGUUGCGUGCCACUCCACGGUAGGGAUUUUCUGGACCCAGUUCAUGAUAGGAGCAAUCAAGGCUACAAAUCCACACUUCAGAUAUGCAACAAGUUGAAGUUGGCUUCGGGGAUUAUGGUAAACAGCUUUACAGAUUUGGAACCGGAAAUUUUUAAGGCUUUGAAGGAAGCCCAAGGAUCACAAGGGUUUCCACCGGUUUUCCCCGUCGGACCGGUAAUUAAACUCGGUUCAGCCCUUGUAUCAGAUGGGGAUCACGAGUGUUUGGGAUGGCUAGACAGGCAGCCACGUGGGUCAGUGUUAUUUGUUGCGUUCGGGAGCGGUGGGACCCACUCACUUGAGCAGAUGAAGGAGCUGGCUCUAGGUCUUGAAAUGAGUGGGCAGAGGUUUCUUUGGGUUGUGAGGAGCCCAAAUGAGACAGCUAAAAAUGGUACUUAUUUUACUUCUUCUUCCACUGCCCGACAGAAGGACCCAUUGGGGUUUUUGCCUGAUGGGUUUUUGGAGAGGACCAAAGAGGUGGGCCUAGUGGUCCCAUCUUGGGCCCCACAAGUUCAUGUGCUGAGUCACGCGUCAACGGGUGGGUUUUUGACCCAUUGUGGGUGGAAUUCAACAUUGGAGAGCAUAGUGAAUGGCGUGCCGUUGAUUGCUUGGCCGCUCUAUGCAGAGCAACAUAUUAACGCAGUUUUGUUGGCUGAUGAUAUAAAGAUUGCAUGGAGGGUCGAGAUGAAUGACAAGGGCAUAGUGGAGGGCCAAGAUAUUGCCAGGUAUGCAAGGGGAUUGAUUGAAGGAGAUGAAGGGAGAUUGCUGAGGAACAAGAUGAAAGAGCUGAAAGAGGCAGCCAAAGUGGCCUUGAGCCAAGGAGGGUCGUCCACAGAAUCACUGGCUGAGGUGGCUGAGUUAUGGAAGGGCCACAAUUGAGAUUAGGUUUUGGUUUCUUUUAAUUUUUCUCGUAUGUGUUCCAAUGGAGAUUGAAGGGGAAGUUGCUCCAAAACAAGAUGAAAGAUAUCUGCCUUUGAGUGAAAAGGGUCCUCUGCUACACCACUUGUCCAUAUCGCUCAAAUAAAAAAGUGA